AUGAAAAAAUUGGAGGGGAUAAACCUGUCAGCAGCACAGACGUUGCGGGCAGCAUUUAUCAAAGCAGAGAAAGAGAACCCAGGCCUCACUCAGGAUAUCAUCAUGAAGAUACUGGAGAAGAAGAACGUGGAGAUCAACUUCACAGAGUCACUACUGCGCUUGGCUGCAGAUGACGUGGAAGAGUACAUGAUUGAAAGAACAGAGCAGGAAUUCCAGGACCUAAACGAGAAAGCACGAGCCCUCAAACAUAUCUUGAGUAAAAUCCCAGACGAGAUCAAUGACAGAGUGCGCUUCCUACAGACCAUAAAAGACAUCGCCAGUGCUAUAAAAGAGCUGCUGGACACAGUCAACAAUGUGUUUAAGAAAUAUCAGUAUCAGAAUCGCAGGGCACUUGAACACCAAAAGAAGGAGUUUGUGAAGUACUCCAAAAGCUUCAGUGAUACGCUGAAAACAUACUUUAAAGAUGGAAAGUAAGCAAGGACAGUG